AUGGCGUCGGCGGUCCCCGACGACCCUAUUCACGCGUCUCCCUGGCUCUCGUCCAUGGCGAAGAGCCUGGCUCUUGUCCCGCCCGCAGCCGUCCCUGCUUUCAUAGAUUGCGUCUUGAACUCCGCGGCUUUCCCUCCGUCAGAGCUCUUCUUCUCGCUUCUCAGGGCCUUCACCCUGCUCACAGAGGUAUGUAUGGAGUGGGAGCCUCUAGGUUGCAUCGAUUCCUGAAGAUAAUAUGGUGUUUGUAUCUAGGAUAUUCGAAAGGAUGAUUACUCAAAGAUAGAGAUGUCUCAAUCUUGCUCGCUGAUUUCUUACACGGGCGCACUUUUCCACUUGAUCAAGAAUCCCGGUUAUUGUCUAUCUUUCUUAAUAUUUAAAUUACUAGGUAUAUGUUCGAUCAGAAAUUGUUACUUCUUUGCAUUUCGUCGCAGAUGUAUCAAAUGAGGCUUUUGAAAUGUUCAUACGGCGGGCUUUUGUGCCACUGCUCAGUUCUGCAGCUGUGGAAUUGCUGGACCAGGUAAACACGUAUCAUUUUAAUGCGUUUUCACUCGUUGCAGUAUAUCUGACUUCUGCCUCGCUGCAAUAAUCGGUGGUUCUGGUUUUAGCUCGCGGAUUUUCUCUGCGAUGCGGUGGCUGCGAGACAAUCUUGGGAUCUCAUGACAUCAACACUGGUACCUCUGUGCUUGAGGUCGGUGUGCCUGUCGUUAGAAAUCACUCACCCAAACGAGCUCUCUAUUUAUCAGUGGGGGAGCAUUGAAUUCAUUGAGCCUGGUUCCCUGUCGCUGACAGUUGCAUCCCGCAUCUUGAGCUCCUUAAUUGGUGUUGCCCUUAGGGGAAGAGGUCAUUCUGAAAGGACCACAAGCCAAAAAAUGGAGCUGGUUGGUGGAAUCAAAUCUUCAGAUGCCUUUGCUCAAAAUUUGACGUGGGAUCUGUCUCUUACUGUUGUUGACAUGCUUUUGCAAUCUUCUGAGUGUCGGUCAGAGGCCAUUCGUCUUCUGUUCCCAGUUAUCUUUAGGACAGCACAACUACUACCUUCAUUUGAAGUAUUGGCAAACGGAAAAACUCACUCAUUUUCUAGGUGAAUAAGUCUGCCUCAUCCCUUUGCAGUACAGUUGCUACUGAUAAACAGCCAAACUAGUUAUUAAUCGUUUUUAGCUUUUUUUUACAGAGCACAUUUUUUCAGAAAUGUAUGGCAAAGAUGUAUCGCUAUGUUUUUGCUUGGGAAACAGGAACGUGCAGAUGCUUACAACUUGAUUUCAUUGUAUUUAUCCCUUCUUAGUGUUGAGGGACAUGUAGACAAUGUUGAUGGAGACUACAAUAUAAGAGAAGACGACAAAUUUUGGGAGGAAAUUCGUAAAGGCUUGGUAUACAUUUGAAGUGUUUAUCUCCCAUUCUGAUGUUUUCAAAAUAAUAUUUCUUUGUGUUCUGAAUUUUAGUUUUUCCAUUGCUUUGUAUUAGGUUGAUAAGGAUACCUCUGUGAGGAAGCACUCGUUAUAUAUUCUGAAGAAGCUGUUGCGAGACUCCUGCAAUCGUGGGUUGGAUUGUACUCAGUCCUCUGCUGACUCAGAUCCCAUUGCCAAGAGUCUUGUGAUGGCUAUGCCUCCUGAAGAUAUUGUAUCACGUUCUGGCGUUUCUAGGAGGGGAAAGUGGGCUGAUAAGGAAGCCAAAUCCAUGGGUGUGGGUGAAGUAUGUGGGUUAAAUGUUAAUGGACUUGAUAAAUGGAAUGCGUUCCUUCUUUUGUAUGAGAUGCUUGAAGAAUAUGGCACACACUUGGUUGAAGCAGCUUGGACCCACCAGGUCAGCUCUAUCAAAUUUCGUCUGUUCCAUCCUGUGAUUUCAGAUUUUUAAAUCAGGUACUCAUAGAAGUAUCAGAAUUCUCAAAAGGUCUAUUAUAGGUGUCUUAAGUUUGAAAUUCAGCUUGUAGCACUAUUUGUCCUCCAAAAUAAAAUGGAAGUUGCUUAGAAAAAUGAGUUGGAAGACAACAUUCAAGGCUGUAAAUUUAGAACGGGAAGCUAUUAAGCUUAUUGGUUCAGUCCUCUCAUCUGUAAUUGGUAGAAAAUCUAUAUAUCUGAAAAGUAUUAAUGCUCUUUUUCCUUUUGAUUUAUUUCUUUUUUUCUUUUGAACAACAGGAAUUUAACUUGUCAAAUAUUUUUCUCUUUAACUUAACUCUGGCUGCCUAUUCUUGUGAAACACCUGACAACUGCAUAUUUUUGUGAAUGUAAAUUGAUUCCUGUUUAGUACUAAUGUGUGCUCUAAUAUUCCUUGUGGGGAACGAUUGAAAUAUUUCCUUGCAUUUAGGAAAAAAUAUUUUAGUGCAAAAUUUUCUACAUUGCUUGACCUACAUAAAUCUUUCACUAGAGAAUUCUUUGUUAUUCUUCUGACAGAUAUCACCUUUGCAGUAUACAUUCUGUAAGGAGCUUACUCGUAUCUCUUUCGCGUAUAAAAUUGUUUGAUGAGGUUCAUUAUGUUGUCUUCAGUGAUUUUGGGCAUUGACAUAUUUCCUGUUGCAGAUAUCGUUGUUCUUUCAAUCUGGUUCAUGUGAAAAUAUCACAGACAUUGGUACGAAAAGGGUUUAUCAAAAUCAGAUGCAAACUUUAGAUGAGAUGUUCAACUGGUUGGCAAUCUUAUGGGAGCGUGGGCUUUUUCACGAAAAUCCCCAGGGUAUGUGUAUGUUGUUAUCCAUAUAUUUUUGUACUGUUUAUCUAUUCUUAUGUUUCUUUGCAUGCCAAUGCAUAAAUUGCAGUUCGAUGUCUCAUUAUGGACUCGUUUCUUGGCAUGGAUUGGAAGUCUCACAGGCAUUAUGCAAAAUAUGUGCCUAAAGGCUUUGUACUUGGUCCGUUUAUAUUGGGUUUGAAUGAUACCGUUCAUCAUAAAGGUUUUGGUAAGUUUUCUACGGAUUUCAAAAUGCUUAUUUCAUUUUCUACCUCUUAUCUUACACUUACCUGGUCUUAUUUUAUUUCAGCUAUUAAUGAAAUCAGAUGACCUCUUAUCUAAGAUAAUUACUAGAUAAUAGUCUUAGGGAGACUGUUUCAAAAGUUUAUGCAAUUGGCACGUUCAUUUUCUUUCCAUUGCUGUUGUACAGGGAAACUUUGAUGUCUUUCUUAAAGAUGUGGUUAGAUAUUUAAUGUAGUUGUGCAUUUAACAACCAUAGAACAUGUUCAAUGCGCAAAGUGGAAAGUGUACAAUGCUCCUCACAUAUGUGAAAUGUACUCCUUAAGGAACAUGUUGGUGAACAUAGUACUUACUAUAAGUAUUUAUUCUCCUUCACAAAAUCCUAGUGUGUCCAAGCACUUGUCACUCCAUAUUAGAAUUGUAGAUCCUUUUAUAAAAGGACCCCCAAAACAUGAGAAAAUGAGCGGUGUCAUUCUUGUUACAUAGAAUCAACACUACUUGUUCCAGUGCUAUUCAUGUAAAAAAAUGUUGGAAAGGUUUCUAAUCAAUUGGAAACAUGAAUUUAAUCAUUUGGAUAUACUUCCUAAUACAACUCGAGUUAGAGACAGAAAAGGAGAGAGGAGGAAAGGGAUGAUGACCUGAUGUGUCUCAAUAGAGGACUCUAAGUAACCCUAAUCAUGGGGUCUAGCAUAUAUAUACUAGACUCCAAAUGGGCUAGUAUGGGCUGAUAUUGCUGAAACACACAGAUGGACUGACUUGGCAAAAUCAGUCCAUAGAUACAUACUCUAACAUCCCACCUCAGGCUAAGAGUAUAUAUUAUAUGCUCCUAGCUUAUUACAUAGAAAAUCAACCUGGUGGCCAUUUAGUGACUUCGUGAACAUAUCAGCAAGUUGAUUGUUUGACUUGACAUCUACAAUGGUGAUAAGUUGUGCUUGAAGCUUCUAUCUAAAGAAGUGAUGAUCAACUUCAAUAUGUUUGGUCCUCUCAUAAAAUAUCAGGUUGGAGGCGAUAUAAACUGUUCUUGAUUAUUAUAUUUGAGCUCCAUAGGACAUGGAUGGGGAAAACCAAGUUCUUUAACAAGAUACCUAAUCCAAAAAGGUCACAUAUAGUAUCUGUCAUUGCCCUGUAUUCUAAUUCAACACUCAAUCGAGUGACAACAGAUUGUUUUUACUCUUCCAAGAAAUGGGGUUAUCACCAAGAAAAAUACAUUAGCUUUUGAUAGAUUGUCUGUCUUGACUUCAACCAGUCCGAUCAGCAUUGAAAAAACUUUGGAUGGUGAGAUGACCAUUAUUUUUGUACAAGUCCUUCCUUGAUUUCUCUUGAGAUAUCUCUAUAUCUGCAUGCCUCAAAAUGCUUAGCAUGUGGUCGAUAGAUGAACUGACUCACCACAUGAUACCCUCAAAAAGAAAUAUCUGGUAGGGUGAUGGUCAAAUAAUUCAAUUUACCGAUUAGAUGUAUAUACCUCUACGGAUCCGCCAAUAUGAUACCCUCAUCAAAAGAUGAUUUUAAGUAAGGAUCCAUAGGAGUGGUAGUUGGUUUCCUACCAAACGUAUCUAUCUUCUUAUGGAGAUCAAGAACAUAUUUCUGCUAGUUGAUUACAAUAUCUCUUUGGAUUGAGUGAUCUUAAUCCCCAAUAAAUAUUUUAGAUUACCAAGGUCUUUGGUGGCAAAUUUGUCUUGUAAGGACUCUUUGAGUUAUGAAAUACCUUCAUGAUUAUCUUUGUUAAUAACAAUGUCAUCAAAAUAAACAAUCAGCAGUAUUCGACCAGUAGAUAAAUGUCAAUAGAAGACUGAAUGAUCAACCCCACGUCUUUGAACACUAAACUAGAUUACUGUAUGAUAAGAACCUAGAUCAAAGAACUAUGAAUAAUUCGUAUUAGAUGAAAGAAACAAUCUCUAGAACAGAAAUACCAAAGAUAAAGCCACAGUAAAAGAACCCAAAACGGAUGGAGGGUCGCAUACAACCUUCCAACCCUUUCUCGUAGAUGCACGAGAUACUAACACCGGAUUUUCCUUCCCUGCCUCCUUCCUGAUCCGCCCAUCCUUAUAUCCUCUCCUUUUCCUCUCUUUUUAGGCAGUUAGUCUCUUGCCAUAACGGCUCUUUGCCAUAACCGUUCCUUGUCAUAUUGUUCCUUGCCAUAACUGUGCCUUCCCUCAAUCAUGUUAACCAUUAUUGACUUAUUGGGCGUUGGCCCUUCUUCCUUCUAGCAUAUGUGUGUGGAGCCUUAUCACUGUACUGUUGAAGCGGCCGUUUUAUAUCAUUGAAAUGUAAAAAAAUUCCUCAGUUGCUGAUAUUAUAUUUCUUACUUUCAUAAAUGUUCUUGGGGCCGUCAACAUUGUACGCAAUAAAACUUCAGAGUUUGGUCCAGAACCUCAUUGUACUGUAUGCGAACUAGUUCUUUUUGCUGUAAUUCAGGUGAAUGACUUGGCUCUGCAUGAAUUUAGCUACUUCAGGUUCUUGUCUACUUUUGGUGAUAUGUUGAGAUUUCAAUAGUGUUUGGAUUUAGUUAUGGUUUGAAAUCAUUUAAGAUAUCCCUGGGUUUUCUUGAGGCAUGAUAUUGUCAAGAUUUUGUCUCAGGUUUAGGAGGGCAUUACACUUCUAAGGCUAUACAAGGAGCGAAAAAUUUUAUCCAUCAAUAUUCUGUUGAUUUUGUUAGGAGGUAUUGAAUUUCAACAUCGGAAUUGAAUUUCAAAGUUUAUCCAUCAAUAGUCUUUCCUUUUAUAUAAAAUUGUGUUUGUACCUUGAUUCUCAUCUUGACUACAUAGGUUUGCAUGGAAUUCUGUGUUGUUUUAUAUUGUCCGCUUCCUAGACAAAUGGAUUCAACUUUCCAUUCAUACCACUGUGUAACCCUUGAUUUUAAUUGCUUACAUGGACUGACAAGGACAGAUUUCGUAAGAACUUUUGACUAGUCAAGUCAUGCAGUAGCAUACUGCUCCAGGUAAGGCACUACACUAAGUCAGACAUGUAGUGUUGUGAUCCUUAGACCUUGGUAUGAUAGCCAGGAUAUAUAUCUGCACUAACCACCUGCUUGAGUCUCGAUUUUAUGUUGGUUCUUUUAUGGGGAUGAGUUUCCUUUUAUUCGACAACUUGUUCUAUUUCGUCAGUGUUAGAACUGCUCUUGUGGAUCCUUCAAUAUUUUCUUUACUCCAGUUUUCAAGCUGAUUACAUUAUCCAGUCUUGUUGAUUCAUAUUCUACCAUUAAUGUUGAUGAAGGAUGGAUUUUUUAUUUGUUUGAUUGUAGUAAAUCUGAAAUAUUUUGACUUUUUAAUCUUUUAGAAAUUUCCAUUUGAUGUUGGCAGACGAGAAAAGCUGACUUUUCAUUCGUUUCUACUGUAGUGAACGAGUAGCAUUCGUGUACAGUUUGGCCUCUCUUGCUCGGCAAGAGUCAUUUGGGCGGCCUGGACUAAUGGCUUUUGCCUCUUGUCUUUCUUCUGCGGCCCUUGGAACUGAGGGUCAACAGCUCAGUGAAGUAUCUGAAAUGGAGAAAGAACUUGAUCAUGGAGGCCUUAUCAACUGCAGAAGCUCAGAGCUGCUGGAUAUUCUUGGGGUAAUUGUUGAGAGGAGCAAACAACACUUCAAUCCAAAUUAUCGUCUUCAAGGUUCUUUAACUGACACAAAGAAUAUUUUCUUAUUGUUACCAUUAUGAUUGAUUUUUUGAUGAAUUUUAAUUUUCCAAUGACAUGCAGUUUGUGAGAGAGUCAUGGAAGCUGCAUCAGCUAUGCUGUGCGCUCAGGACUUGCCACUCGAAAUGGUAUUGCAUUUCAUUUCAACAUUGCCACGAGAAUUUACCGACUUUGGUGGUGAGAUUAAAAAAGUCUGCCGCCCCUUUAGUUAACUUAUUUCAUUUUUUGCUUUAAUUUUACAUCUAUCUUCAUCUUUCUCUUCCACUGGAACCUGUGCUAUUGAAAAACAGUAGAACAUGGAUUCAUUUAAGGUGAUCUAUUCCACAUACACUAAUCAGAGUCAUGGAAAAUAGAUAAAAAUACCAUCAGUUUUCAGGAAUUUGUUUAACUUAAUGUGAGUUAAGGAGGCAUAAGAUAAACGUGCUAGUUCACAUCCUUUUCUGGCUUAUUAACACUCAUAAUUGUUGGAAUAUGACUUGAUUGUUCUGUAUUGUUCAUCUGUGUAAUUUUUCCUUUCUUUUUCGCUGUUUUUCUUACUACAGUCAUCAACCGAACAUGCACAGUCUGAACCGGUCCGGCUCCCUCUCUCUUUCUCCCGUAUUAGCAGGCUGGUAUAAAUGCCAACCCUAAUGUAGGACCGUUUCUUGAGAAUGAUGUUUUACGGCUUCGGCUGAUAUCUCCUAGCUCUCCCCGUUUUCUCUCUGCUGCCACUGUAGAAGACGAUUGAACAAAGGAGAUAGGAUGUACGAUUGGAGGUCAGGUGAAAUCCCUCUAUCGACCGACAAUAAGUACAGAUCUGGUUAAAAGUUUCAUUGUUUUUCUCUUCUGCUAUUAUUUUUUGCUGCAUUGUAUUUGGUGGUUAGUUUGUUCAUUGUAAUUCCUUUUCACAAACUACAUUUAACUAAAAUAAAUUGUGAGAUUUUAUGGCUGCAAGUUUAUUUCCGUUUUGCUUAGGUCUGUGGUUCGCUUUAUUGAAGUUAGGGAAACUAUGGUGCAAAUAUGAAUAUGCUUGAGUGCUAGCAGAUUGAUUUUGAAGUGUUUAUCAUUCUUUAUAUGAUCCUGAUGUUUGACAAGUGGAGUAUGAUUAUCACUGAGAUAAUGGACAGUUAGAAUCUAUCAUUGAGAUAUUAAUAGGAAUAUCAAGGUGACUACAAGGCUCCAAUCCAGAUGUCACCUCAAUUGUCAAUUUGAAUAGCAUCCUCCGCUUCUGUUUUGAAACCUAUUUUAAAUGACAUGUUCCCCAAAGAGUAGGCUGAAUUAAUUAAUCAUUGUUGAUUUUUGUUUUUGAGAAGACCUGACAAGUAUGGGAUGUUGUAAAUUCUUUCCCUCCAAAUGUAUUCCAAAUCAUUGCAGUCUAACAAGCUUGUUAUGUGUGAAUUAUUUUGCUUUAGGCCUGAAUUUCUAGGAUGCCAUGCUGUCAGAUGUUAAGUGUUUGCCAACAGACAAGCAUUUUAUUUAUCUCGUAUCUUUUGUCUAGUGUCUAUUUCUAUGAUGCACGAUGAAGAAACUUUCUACAAUUAUUUAAGAGUUCUGAAUACACUACUGAAACAAGGAAUCACAAAGUAUCCUUUCAUAAAUGUUCUCGACUUGCAUUUGUGGAAAUAAUUUUUCAUGUGAUAUGAAGCAUUUAUCACCAUUUUCUAUUGUUAUUAUUUCACAAUAUGUUCGGUUUUUUAAGUGAAUUCGUUCAUGAUGGUUAUUUCACCAUUUUUUAUGCAUUGAUUUCACUGGGUUCUGAUAACAUUAUAUAUCUUAGGUACCUUGAGAAGGAAGGUGCAACAAUGGCUACAUCAUGGAAACAGUGGGUAUUCUUCCAAUUUUUCUGACUGUGGGAUAUUGAGGGAUCUUGUUGACUUUCCGGCAAUCUUUAUUAAGCAUGAAGUUGAGCUUGAUGUUUAUAUCUCUUUUGAUGAUGAGGAUUUGGAUGCAUGGUUUGCUGAGGUACAAAGAUGGGUCAGACUGCUUUUUUUAAUGGUUACAGGAGAUCAGAAUUUGGAACCAGUAUGCCAGGUUUGUAUCUUUGUGCUCUUCCCACUUCUGGUUAUGCCUAGGCCACGCUUUGGUGGUUUUCCCAUUGGUCGCAAGACGAGAGCAUCUAAAACCGGUAUUCCAGGCUUUUACUUAUUCAGUGGCCUGGUGGCCUGAACAUCAAAAAUAUCCUGGCUGUGUGGGCCUUUUUUUGCACCAUUGUUGUCAGGCAAAACCCUACUCAAUUCUGUCACUGGUUUGAAUUAAGGUGGAUAUGAGUUCCUAUGCAACACCAUAUAAAUCAAAGAAAAGGCUAGUUCAAGUAGGUCAUGCGGAAUUUCCACUGAGAUGUGAUAUCUAUCUACCAUCUGAACUAAAAUACCUCUCGAAGACCAAGUAUGGAAAACGAGUUGGAAACUUUGGGAAACGCCCGAGUUUUUGGAUACUAGACGAUCAAUGUAUAUUUUUGAUUAAAGACAGUCGAUUUUGAGAAAUAAGUGUCUCAAACUCAAAUGUGCUUUUAAUCAGUUUUUUUCACUUAAUUUCUUACAGGUUAUCCGGGAUGUUGGUAGUGUUAUUUGUGAAAAUAAAGCAUUUCCGGACUUGUUUCCUCCUAAGUUUCUCGUCCUUGUGAUAUGCUUGGUGGAGGAACUCCAAAUUCUGUUAAAAAAAUGGAAAUGUUAUUGUGGAUCCAGUUCCAAGAUUGGAAUCAGUGCGCCGGAUAUUCCUAGUCUGCUCCCUACUGCUGAAGGUAUAUUUUCUUUCAGGAGGCUUACAAACACAUUCCUGCUUAUUCUGGUAAGUGGUAUGAAAGAAACUACUGUUGUGCCUUCUACCAGUUUCUGCUUGAUGAAUGUUUUUUUCUGAAUAUAGAAAAGGCGUUUAAUAAUGUUUUCUUUUAUCAGGAGGAUCUUAUGUCAUUUUCAAAUUCUGUUUGUUCGAUAUUUUGGUCCGAUCCUGUCGUAAAGAAUAUUGAUCUACCGUCUUCUACGAAGGGCAAGCUUGGGGGUCCUAGUCCACGAAGACUUCCUUUGCAUAUAACUUCCUCUGUACUCCAAGCUGUAUGAUGAAACUUUUAUCCCUUUCUUCUUUAAAUGCACCAAUGAAAUUUUUAUGAUGCUAGUCCUUGCAUUCUCUGCUCUUCCAAUUUGUAUCCUACCCAUUCGAUCUCCUUAUCUUAUUUUUAGUUUCUUCAUAUUUUCUUGCUUUUUCUCUGAGUAUUGACCGCUGAUCUUUAUUUAGAAUUUUAUUUUUUCCAAAAAAAUCAAUACCUUAUGUUUUCUAGAUUGUCUAGUUGGUUUAGCCUAGUCCUUCAUAAGUACAGGUUUUUCACUCCUUUAUGCUUUUUUUUUGGAAGUAAUCAUAAUAUUCAUUUUUUCAUUGGCUCUUUGAAUGCUUUCAAUUACGUUUCUGCAGUAUCUCUUCUCUAGAUUGUUAUUAUUGUACCAUUAUAGUCUAAUUUCUAUUGUAGUUUUUUACAGGUAGUUAGUGCCUUUAUAUGCAUCUAGCUCAAUCAUCUAUUGUCAAGACACCAGAGGCUAUCCCAAAAUAACCAUGCCAUACACACAAAAUACCAUUUUCAAAGGGUGGGCAUUUCCAGAUAUUCAUUAAAUAAAAGAGAAAAAAAAUUAUUAUUCUUUUAUAUGAGGAGAAGAUUAAAUGUGACUGGUAGUUGUGCCUCAAAAAUGUUUCCUAUGCUCACUUGUUCCCUUUAGUCAAGUCGCUAUUCUUAAGUUACAUGCAAACACAGAAUCAUAGAUUUCGUUAUUGUUUUUAUCUAUCAGUCUCUUGGUCUUAAGUAUUUCUUUUGCUAUCCGGCUUUGCAUUCUCUAACUUACAUAGACGACUGUAACAGAACUAAAAUCAGUACAAGCCAAUCCAAUAAUGGAUAUGAUGUAUUCAGUAAGGAAAGGUUAGGAUUAGCUGGAGUUGAAUUAUAUCAACCAGGAUCAGCCUGAAUGUAAUGAGUUGGGUUAUGGUUACCAGGUUAUUUUCAUUCAUAAUUCUACCAUUUAUAUUUGAUAUCCUUAUUUUUGUUUUAUAUCCUCCUAUUAUUAUUACUGUAGUCCUUUCCACUCUGGCUUCCUCCUAAUACAUGGUUGAGCAGAUUUUGUCUGUCAAGGCAGUUGCUUCUGUCUUAUCUUGGACGAUGCAGCUUGGAAAGGACCUCUGUAUUAACUCAUCAUUUACCUCUUUAUGGGGUUUCUGCUGCAAAGUGAUCCUCUUUCGAACAAAUGCUUCAGAGGUGAAGUAUUUCAGUUUUGUUGACAGGGUGGGAUUGAAGGAUCAUUAUCUUUCGUGGAUAGUUUAUGCAUCUAUAUUUUCUUUUUGUGAUCUCCCUGUGCAGAUUGGAUCAGAAAUUCAUCUGGCAGCCUAUGAAUCUCUAGGAUCUGUUUUGAAGGCACUAUCAACUCUUUUCUCUCCAUCAGCUCUUGACUCUGUUAUGGUCUUCAAUAGAUCUUUAUUUCGAGUUGAACAAAACGAAUUCCUUCUGGAUCCUUUUCUUCAUAAUUUUCUUCAGAGUAUCAACGAUCUUCUUGACAAGGGUAGUUUAACACGAAGCCGGCGAUCUAUAUUAAUGAAAUGGAAGGUGGCGGAACAUCAUAUUCUAGUUUUGACUUUUGUUAUUCAUUAGUUUAAUUCUCACGUGGUUAUUAGAAAAAUAUUGAAUCUAUCCACAUUAAUGGAUUUUAUCUUACUCAGUUUCUUUUUCCAGUGGCUUUGUUUAGAUUCUUUACUCUCAAUUCCAUACAAUGAGAGUGAAAGUGGGUUUCAUCCCUGCACAGCGUAUUCUUUUUUUUCAGAUUCCACCCUGAGAAUGACGUUUGACGACAUUGUUGAAAGGUAAUUGGAAUUGAUGAAUGAUAGAUGAUACUAAAAAUAAGCUCCUAGUUAGACGGUGAAUCUGAUUUAUCAUUUUAUCUUGAUCGAGGUGCUAUUUCAAGUUUAUAUGCUCAUCACCAAAACAAAUUGCUCCCUUGUUUUUUUUUUUUUUUUUUUGUAUAAGCCAUAGUAAAAUAUCCUCAAUAAUGCAUUGCUUUAUGUGGUUUAUUAUUCGAAUUGGGAGUGUCGAAUUUGAGUAGAAGGUCCUGAUGGGAAGGUAGAAACCUUAACUGGGGAUGUAGGUUUUUUCUUUUUCCACUCUUCUUUUUCUUUGAUGGAAGUUUGUAUUUAAUCAUUCAGGGUAGUUAAUGCUUGAUUCUAUUUGAUUCUUGGUGUUAUGGGGUAAACUUAUGUAUCUUUUAUUCAGAAAUGCAAAUGUGUUUCUCAGGUAGUUUCUUAUUUCUGCCCAAAAUCCUCUUGCAGUCUGGUGAAUGCUGGUGAAACAUCUGUUUUGCCAUUGUUGAGAUGUGCUAGAUCUAUAAUUGGCCUACUCCAUGGGAGAAUGUACUCACCAGCUGCUGUACGUAAUGGAAUUGAUGCGAAGGUAACAUCUGUUCUUGUGUUCCUCAUUUUUAUCUGUUUACAAUUUGAUUUGUACGUAUUUGCUCCUUUUCAAUGCCCUAAUCGGGAAGGCAGGAACUUACGGAUCUUUAAAAUGAGUUGCAAUGGAAGAUAAUGCACUCUAACUCUAUUUAAGAGGAACAGCUCUUAGGUUAAUGUUAGGGACAAAAAGCAUUGGUAACCAGUAGUUCACUGCUUUGUUUUAAGACUCUUUUCAAAUUAUUACAUGUGCAGUUGAACUCUUCAGAAGCUGUUACUGGCUGUCAAAUAGAGAGGUCUGCAAUGCGAUAUAAACUGCAACAAAAUUCCUGGGGUUAAAUCAUAUUCGUAUCUGUUGAAGGGCACGAAAAUUCAUUAUAUUUUCUUGGCAUGGUCCAUCUUGGAAAAUGAAUUCAUUAUGUUUAUACUAAAGUUCUGUUAGAUCAGGUGAAAAACUAAGAAAACAGUGGCGUUGUUAGUAAAUGACCAUUUCUCUCAACUUGAUCCUGGUUUCUGUUGGUAUUUUUGUUUGCACUAUGUGACAGUGGAGUUCUAAAGUGGUGGUUACAGUGUCUGCUGACUCAUAUUACGUCUACAGUCUUCUCCUAUUGACAUCUAAAUCGGGGGAUUCUCUUUAAACUAGUUAUAGAGUUUCAUGUGAAUUUUCUUAUUUAUUUUGUACUCCAUUAUCUGAUUUUUUUUUUUUAUGUAGAUGAUGAUGGAUCUAGUAGAGUCUUCUUGGAUAUUGCAUCUCAGCUGCAACAAGCGUAGGAUUGCCCCAAUUGCUGCCCUUUUGUCAUCUGUCCUACAUCCUUUAGUAUUUAGUGAUCUUAGCAUGCACGAGAUGAGCGGUGGAGACCCUGGUCCUUUAAAAUGGGUAUCAAUUAAUAUCUUUUCUGCUUUGAGAGAAAUUGAAUGUCUAUGUGCCUUAUGGUCUGGAAUAUAUUUUCUCCAUUUACAUUUUAUUGAUCCUUUUUUUCCUUUACACUUACUAAUAUGCUUGUGCAAAUUUCCCUUUCAGACUGUUUCAGACUUUGAAUGGGAUCUACUUUCAUGUGAGAUAUGUUUUCUUACAGAGAAAAUAGAGUGAAGAAUUUAGGAAUCAUGUUGGCACAAGUUAUGACCUGCUGCUCAUAUAGCCGCUUGAAAAGUCCCAUGGACGCGCAGAUUAGCAAAUCAUUCAAGAAUAUCUUUCUCUAACAUCUAGAAUUAACAUAUCAUUCGAAACAUUUAAAAUAAUAAAUUUCUUAUCAUUCACUCAUUUCAUUACUGUAGUUCAGUCCGAAUUACUUUAUAUGUUUCCACUUCAUCUCAAGCCAGCUUAGGUUUUGGCCUCCAGUCACAACGAAAAAACUUUGCUAGCAUUUAAAGAAUCAUAUAUAACGUAAACCAAACUGGAGUAACAAGUGCGGAAAUUUUUCGGUAUGCCUAUUCAUAGAACAAUUGCUGGCUAUAUACAAUUACCCCGCCUCUAAAAAGGAAAACUACCUAUGUUGACUCCCACGAUGUACCAGAUUUGGAAACUGGCGAACAAUAGCAAAACUGACCAACAGCCAAACCAACAUCGGACACUGACCAAAUAAUCUGAUCCUUAAUUAUACGUUUUUUCCCACAAUAUGAUGUGUGACAACAUUUUUAGUUACACCAAGCUGUUGGAUGUUUCUAUUGAUAAUGAAUUGGUUUCAUUCUCAUAAUUACUUGAGUUAGUGUAUUAUCUUCUUUUAUUGCUACCAUUUUAUUAACUAAUGAAGGUUUAAGUUGCUUCAUUACAAGAUGAUGUCUACUUUGUUAAGAGGAUGAUUUUCGUGUUUGUAAUCAAAAGUUUGAAAAAGCUUUAUCAAUAUGCCACAUUAUAUGCAUCCACACCAAACGCUACAUGACACUAAAUGAUAAAAUAAGAAAUCCACACAUGCAAGCUGGAGCAUGGAAUUUGAGAUCACCAGGGUCUUUCUAAACUAGUAAUAAUCCUUGUCUCCUUGAUAAUUCGUUCAUAGCUCCUUAAUAUUAUUUUCCCAUGUAGGUGUUGCAUGUCAUGUGCCCAAAAAAUACCCUCUUGGGGUUCUGAUAGCAGAAAGUUUUAGUAAAAUUUGUCUCCCAUUUAUUUAAGACAAUGGGUUAAUAAUUACCAUCAAUCUUUCUAGAACUUCAUAUCUCAAGAUGUCUAACAGAGAGGCCCUACUGAUGCUUCAAAUGUACCCUUACAAUGUACCUUUCAACUGUUAAGCCAUGCAUAGCUUGCAUUUAGUUUUUGUUUUUUAUUUUUUUACAGUUAGAGAGGGUUAUAAGGAGAGAACGUGGGUUCCUAAUUUUUGAUUUGUAGACAUAGUUAUGGAUGCCAUUAUAGCAUAGAAUGUUGUCAAAGUUGUAGGCAAUUUGGUCACAAACCAGGGAACCUUUCUACUUUAUUACGAGCUUAAUUCUUUUAAUUUAAUUUGGUGGAAACUAAUGAUGACGUUUAGAAUUUUAGAAUUUAAUGGAACUUGUCUGGAUACGUUUAGAAUUUUAAUUUAUGUAAUCUAUUUUUUAAACAAUUAAUACAAUAUGCAUUCCAAGGUAGAUGAUUUGUUAUAUUUGUACACCAUCCCUUCAGUUAUACCAGACCUUUCCCUUACUGUGCAAUCAACACUUGUACUUUUCUCAAUUUCCAUUACUAUAAAUAGUUCAUUCUUUUCAUUUUAUAGCAUUAGUAUGAACUCUUUAGCUUUCACAUAUUUUUUUCGUGUCAAUAUCGCAGCUGGUUUGGUUCCCUAUCAUUCGACAGUUAAAACUCAUUUUUGUUGUCGACUACUGCAACUGUAUUCUUAACAUUCAAUUGCUAGUUACAUCACUGGAUAGAUGUAGAAAUCAAUUUGUGCACACUGAGGGUUUGAUACAGUAUUUUGAUAAGGAAUGUAAACUAUAUUCAAUUUUCAUUUAUGUUUUAUAUUAUUUGGUCUUAUGUUGUGUUCCCGGUCUUCCUUAUGUAUUAAUAAAUUAAAUUUGAAAAAUAUUAGAAGUUACCCAUUGCUUCUAUGAAUUUAUAUAACAUAUGAGAUUAAAAUUUUGUUGCAUAUUUUCAAAAGAAUGUGUUAUGGUUUUUGUUUUUAUGGCUUUAUGUUCUUGUCCAUGCUAGACUCUCCACAGCAACUGAACAACAUUUAUCCUCUGCAGUUUAUUGAAAAGAUUCUUGAUGAAGGCACAAAAAGUCCGCGUACUAUGCGUCUUGCAGCCUUGCAUCUAACUGGGUUAUGGUUCUCAUAUCCCAAGACAGUCAAGUAUUACAUAAAAGAAUUGACAUUGCUUUCACUUUAUGGCUCCGGUACCUAAAUUUUCUGUUUUACAUUUUCAUUUCUCGUUAUUUCUCACAUUUUCAAAUUCAACUUCUGUUUGUUCAUAAUUUAAUUUUUAUUUGUAUUUUGACGUGAGAAGUUUUCUUUUCAGUGGCGUUUGAUGAGGAUUUUGCUGCUGAGCUAUCUGAAAAUCAAGAAGCAGUAUUUGAAGUAUCGAUGUUAGCUAAAGUUCCUCACGCUGAGUUGGCAGAGGUAAGAUACGGUGUUCAGAACGUGAAAGGGAUUUUGUGCUCACUAUCUACUUCUCUGUUGUGCGUGGACUACGAAUUAAUAUUCAUAAGCCUACAUCUUGUCUGUGAGAAGAUGGGCAAGUGGGGUAAGGCAACCAGUGAAGUUGAAUUUUUCCACUAAAUUGAAAAGCUGAAAGGCCUUCCGCAGUUGGUUUAGGCAAUGGUCAAUGAAGAGGAAAUGGUGUGUAUAAGAAAUAUUUAUGGACUGGUAGAAGACUAUGGGUUGAAAUAGAAUUGGGCGAAAGCCAUCCUGAGUGAAACUUUUCUUGUUGUGGAUCUUUGGCAUACCAUAAUAAUGGACUUGAAUGAACAUGGUUCAAUCGAAAAAAAUAAGCUCAGAUAACACCAAGGUCUACAUGACCAAGCAUUUUCUAAUUGACCUGAAAAGGUCAAGAUUUGUACAUUGUCUUAGCAGUCUAAUGAUCUGAUGGAAGCUGGAGGUUAUCUAUUAUUUUUCUUGUUGCAUAUUUAUACCUGUGCAUUAAGUGCUAAUUUAUUAAGCAAAGCUCAAAUAAAACUUGAAAUAAUCUCUCUGGCUAAAAAUUAAAAGUUGAGAUUUUCUUGCAUAAUUAUUUCUGGAGAAUUUUAAAUGUCACUUUGUAACACUUCACAAUGACAUUCAUUUUUUUGUUUGGAUGCUUACAUGUAGGGUACUGUCUGAAUGCUUAGAUUCAGAAAGAAAAAGGAAAAGUAUGAAAGACAGCUGUUGAACAGUAAUUUUAGGUUAUAGCCUAUCUUCUUUUGUGAGACCUAUUUCAGGCAUCCUUAGACAGUGAAAUGUCGGUAGAUCCCUAUUUAAUUUUUAUUUCUUAAUUGCACGCUUUUCUUAACUGGAAGGAGUAUUAUUUAUGCUUUGCUCGAAAUAAAGAAUGUGUCUUUCAAUCUGUAUGAGUGGCAUUGUUCCAGGUUUCCUUACUGGUCAUCGUGUACUCUUGUAGGUAUUUAUCAAUACAGAGAUGUAUGCACGUGCAGCUGUUGCCGUACUCUUUGACAAACUUGCAAAUUUGGGCCAAAAUUUUGGAAACAAGAAGGAUAAUGAUGAUGCUUUUCAUGCUGGGAAGAUGUUUUUGCUAGACCUUCUUGAUUCCGCAGUAUGGAAUUAUCGUUACUACCCAUGUUUCAGAAACAAGAUUUACUCUUUCGAAUUAUCGUUAUCUUUAACAGUCUAAAUGAAACAUGCAUUUUUAGAAGUAAUCUGGGUUAUACUUUUUAAAUACCUUGAACUUUUGAGCAGCACAUCAUUGUUUGGUUUUGUGUGGUGCGACUGCUCUGAGUAAUCCUGACAUUUUGCUUCUCUUCAUUUUAAUUUAUUAUUCGUUAUCAUCCUUGUUUUGUGGACUUUUUGAAUUGCUUUUUCACUAAUUGGAGAACUUCUGCCCCCUAGACGAAAGUCAUUUGCAUCAUUUUCAUUGAGCAAUUUUUUUAGUUUACGUUUGUUUAUUAUCUUACACGUUUGAGAUUUGACACCCUCCCUUCAAUCCAAGCGCACCCAAUGGCCACCUCCCCACAUGUGCUCUUCACUACACAUGCCUAUCGUCCCUUAUCUACUCUAUUAUAUACCUCUUUUUGAUUCUGUUAUGUUUCUUUGUGUUUGCUGAUUUUUUUUACCUUCCAUUAUUGGCUUCGGAAUAGGUGACUGAUAAAGAUUUAGCGAAGGAGCUUUACAAGAAGUAUAGUGCUGUGAGUAAUUCGUUUAAUACGUUGUGUUUAUUUUAUAUUUCAGUUUUCCGUAAAAGUAUUGUCUAGUUUUUUAGGCUUAUGAUCAUUUUACUUUUUUCUGUUUCUUGUGCAGAUCCACCGGCGCAAAGUUCGUGCCUGGCAGAUGAUAUGUGUAUUAUCUGGUUUUAUUGAUCAGGAUAUAGUUAAUGAAGUUUCAUCUAAAAUGCAUGUUUGUUUAUAUGUAAGCGAUUUUUGCUUAUUUUAUCAGUAAUUUGUUCUAUUGUCUUCUUAGUGAUGCGUAGAGAUCAGCUGACUAUUUACAUCCACAUUAAAGUGAAAAUAUUUCUUAGUGGAGACUUGGGAAACAUUAAUGUUUAAGAUUUCUUCAGGGCAACAGAAAUUCGUGUUACUGGAAAAAUUAAUCUUGUUCACUUUUCUUCGUAUGGAUAAGUCAAUUUUGAAUUGCAAGAAUUCUGUGCUUGGGCUAAAUUGAUUUCCUUGCUAUCAUUCUCUUGGGACCAAGAUUGAUUACAGUUUCAUCAAGGCAGAAAGAGGAAUAACAAGCUUAAGAAUUGAUAGACUAGGAAGCAGGAGAACCAAUUGAUGCGAGUGUGGCGGUUGGGUUGCUUAUUAAUUGAGACCAUAGUCGUUUUAAUCAGAAAAGGCUGCCGCACAUGCCAGGCUUUGCUUAAUAUAAAUUGGGAUUAAAUUGCACAAAUUUCCCCAUCCGAGCUGACAACUUUUCAUACAAAAAGAAUGGGAAAUAAAAACAUCAAAUUUAUUUGGCGCUUCCUUGGUCUCCUUUGACAUAUUGGAAACUCGCGUUUUGGGUUCACAUGACAUUUCUGCGUAUGUUGAACAGUAAAUGACAUGACCGUUGAGUCUAUUUGGAAAUUCUCGUACUAUUUCUGUGGCAUUAUUUGAUUCUUUGUAUUAAUCAUCUAGGAACCUUGGACUGUUGCCACUUUUGACAGCUUCAUUUUGCUUUCAGUAUGUUUUGUUUAUGUUAGUACUUCUUAACGUCUCUCUCCUUUCUAUUGGCAUCUUCUCCCUUCUUUCAUUUACUGCGGUUGGGUGACAGUAUGAGGUCACCAAAGAAAAGGACGUAGUACUCAGAAUCACCCUAUGUGGACUAGAAUUUGGACUAGCCGAUCUCGUAUGUGAAGGGUGGAAAUCUAGUCAUUUCCUGUUAGUAUUUAUAAAAACAACAAAUGUUGACAAAGAGGUUUAAUUUACUCUUAAAUAGACGUGGACCGGAAAACAAAUUCUUAGAUUCUGUAGCCAGUCUGAUCAUUUUUUGGGUUUAUUGCUGCAGUCAGGAAAACAUUAAAAUAAGUAGUGAAGGAAAAGACAGGUUAAGAAGAAGAAUGAAAAACAAGUCUUCAUAACUGUAAGGCACCAUGCUACCCCUCCCAGAUGAGAGACGAAGCAGGGUUGGGGUAUUCAGAUGGGUGCUACUAAAGGUUAUCAAUUAUAUCAAUAUUUCAUAAAAGUUUAUUGUUUUGUUAUAAAUUUAUAUAUAUGUAUAAUUUUAUGAAAUAUAUGUAUAGCAACGCCGACGUAUAUUUUCGUUUGGAAUUGUUUGCAAUGGGGGUUAGUUCUUAUUUUUCUUUUAUUUCUCAUUAGGUAUAGACCCGGAAAUAUGCUGAUUAAAUAAUACUUAUGUUACCCAAACAAUAUGCUUUAAUUUUAGUACUAAAAUUCUUUUCAUUUUCCUGGCAGAGGAACAACUUGCCUUCUGUUCGCCAAUACUUGGAAACAUUUGCCAUCCAGAUUUACUUGAAAUUUCCUUCUCUGGUAUGAUUUUCUAUCUGCUCAUCGUUAUACAUUUCAGUGUACAUUUUAUAUUUUUUGGAUAACUGAUAAUAGAAGGUAGAACACAAAUUAUUUAAGGUAAUUUAUUUGAACGUUGAAAAUGCAAGUUGUCAGAUCUAUGGAAAAGUUAGAAAAGAUCAAAGACACAGAGAGGCAGUUGAGAAAGGAUUGAACCAAGAUGAGCAUUAUGGGGAUGCCAAACAUGUGAUAUGUGGCUCCUGUGGUUAGAAUUAGUACGGAAAACUAUUAUUCCCUGGGUAAGUACUAUUGAAAGUUCUGCCUGGUGUGAGAAGUGAAAGAGGGAAUGCAGUAGUGGAGGUGUAUAGUUGUGACAAUUGAACACUAAUAAAUACAUUUUGAAAAUAGAGCUACAUUUGUGAUUUGCAUGUCGAACAAAGUUUUUCGUUCAUGUUCGAUUUACAGGAUUAUCUUUAUGGUUGACUGGAUUAUUCUCUUCUCUAUGUUUCUCCAUUGAAGAACUUGUGGGAGAAAUACGAUUUAGAAAAAGUCAUUUGUAACAAAUCUUCUUUCAGUCCUUAUAUCAACUUAUAUUUCCUUUGCCGUAGAAAGGAAAUAUAAGUACAGCGUUUCUACCGGUUUUUGGUUUCGAUUCGAUUUCUUGGACUUUAAUAAUAAAUCAUGAAAGUGAAUGUAGGAGAUGGAAACAUAAAAGACUGUGUUCAUUGAUGCUCAGAUCAUAAUGAACAGGUACAAACGAAGGGAAGCUUUCAUUUAUGGAUAUUGGAAACUGAGUUUGAUAUGCUUUCGAAAAUGAAGAAAGCCUUUUCAUAAUUUCAUGUGAUUGAUUUAUGCUCUUCUCUUUUAUCUUGUAAAUUCCUAGUUAAACUUUAUAACAUCCUUGAUGAAUGAUAAACUACGUAUUGGCAGAUUAGUAACUUACAUGGUGUUCAAACUUGAUAGGUUGAAGAGCAGCUUUUACCAAUCUUUCACGACUAUGAUGUUCGACCUCAGGUAAUCCUUUUGUAUUCUUUUAGUUAUUACUCUCUGUUAUGAAACGAGCUACCUAUGUCAAUGCAGGUUCUUUCUUCAUAUGUCUUCAUCGCUGCAAAUAUAAUCUUGCAUGCUAGUGAAGUGUCUGUUCAGUUAAAGCACUUGAAUGCUUUACUUCCACCAGUAAUUCCGUUGUUAACAUCUCAUCACCACAGCUUACGUGGAUUUUCUCAGGUAUUUAUGCGUGAUAUGCUUAGUUCUUGCUCCCCUACAUGUCUUUAUACAUGUGUAUUCUCUUCUGCAGUUUUUAGUUUACAAAGUUCUUUCCAAAUUGGUGCCUAUUCUGGAGAGUGAUCAUCAUCAAGUUGUAGCAAUUGAGAAAAAAUGCCUUGAUGAGCUAAAAUUAUAUUUAGCGGGAAAUGUCGAUUGUGUAAGGUAUCAUUUUUUAUAUGAAUAUAAGAUUCUUUCAUGUAAGCAUUUUGAACAUCGUUGUUUCAUUAAGAAUGAAUUGAUAUUAGGGUUCUGUGCUUUAAGAUAGAGCGUGACUUGCUUAUUCCACAGACUAACAUUAUUGUUGCUUCCGUUCUGAGCUCAUUCAAGGGGUCAUUAAAGGAUUGCACGAACCCCCUCUGACCUCAUUGGUUUUCUCAAAUUAUCACAUGUUGUACAGCUUGCCCUGUUUAAGUUGUUAUGUAGAUGCUGAGAUUAAUUUGUUGUUUUAAUAGUUAUAUUUUUGUGACCAUUGUGCCGGAGGAAAACAUGAAAAUUUACAAAAAAAAUGAGUAAGGUUGCAUUCCGCCAUUGUCAUAAACUUCAAUGUUUUAUAUGAAGUUAUCACCAAACAUUUAGGCUUUGAGUAUGUUUGUCUUUAUUUUUUGAUACAUCAGGAAUAUUUCAGGAAAGUUUGUUUUCCUCGUUUUAUUUUGAUGCUAUAUACUAAGUUAAACGUAUCAGCAUAGAGGUCAUCUAUUGGAGAUUCUGGAUUUUGAUGUCGUUUGCACUGAUAUAUUUUGCACCUUUCAGAUUAAGAGCAUCUAUGGGAGGGAUUCUCGAUUCCUUUGAUCCUAGCCCCAUUGGAGUAUUUAAUCCCAGAAAUGAGGUUUGACACUGAUUCGUAGUUCUAAUCACGAUACUCUUGUAAAUCAUUGUUUAUGAUAAAGACUAAAGGCAUGCAUAAAGGUGCACAGUUAGAAAUUUCAUGGUUUUUGAUUCUAUGUUGCAUUCAUUUUCUAUUCAAGGAAGUGUUUUUGGGAAUGUAAUUCGAUUCUGUAUUUUUUGUAGGGAUCUCAGUUUGAAUGUGUCCCAAUAACCCUCAUGGAACAAGUGAUCACGUUCCUAAAUGUAAGCACAAUGUUUUCUUCAACCCCCCCCCUUGCAAAUAUUCUGAUGUAGUCAUGAUCUGAACAUCCGCUUUUUCAGGAUGUGCGGGAUGAUCUAAGACACUCCAUGGCAAAAGAUGCUACGACAAUAAAAAAUGAGAGCUUAGUGGUGGGAGACAAUAACGUGACAAUGGAAGAGGUGCGAGAUUGCAAUUUACAGGUUUCCUUCUCUCAUUUGUCAGUCGAUUCCCAGAAGCAUUUUCAGAAGAAAAUAACACUCCCGGAAGUUCAUAAUCAACCAUUGGAAUUUGAAGCUAGUGGCUUUUCAGGCCAUCAAGACUUUCCAAGGAUAUUAGCAGGUAAUAUAAACUUUAAGAUAGUAUUCAACUUUAAAAUCGGUUUCUGUUGAAAUACUAUUCGUUUUGUAUUGAUCUGGCUGAGGUGUGAUUAUUUUCUUUGUUUCUCAUUGUGCAUAGAUGUAUAUAGUCAAAGUGCUUUUUAAUAAUGUUGUUGUUGAAUAAUUAUGUCAGCCACAUCUGUUGAACAGUUUGGUCUCUGAAAUUUGAAUCUGGACUCAAACCAUGAUCCAUCCAUCUUUCUAUGGUCUCUCUUUUGUAUUUAUAUUCCUUGCCAGACUUGUCUCAUGUGUUUAUGUCAUUUUGUGUAAAUUUGGGAGGGCUUUCACAUUGUGAAGCAGUAAAUCUCAGUUUAUUAUUUGGCAACUGGCGAGGAGUGGUAGAGUUAGAUAAUAUUAUUCAUUUUAUUUUAUUUUUUAUUUUAUUUUUUCUUUUAUUUGGGAAGAAGAAAGUUGGGUGCUCACGUUCCGCUGAAUGAAUUAUUUGUUCCUGUCAGUGAUCUUCAGGCGUAAGUAUUACUGUCUGAAAAAUGUCUAAAAUUAAUCAAGGAGGUAACCCAGUUUUUCCCCUGUUAUGUUUUUUUUUCUUGCAUGUACUCCCAUCACAUAAGAAAUCGAGAAAGAAGAUCAGCUGUUCUGUUCGGCUCUUCAAUCAAGAAAUCGUGAAGUCAGACGACUAAGAGGAAGUCAGCAAACAUUUAUCCUCGUUGCAUCCCUGAUUGAUCGCAUCCCUAAUCUUGCAGGACUAGCAAGGACGUGCGAGGUCUGCUUCUUAGAAAUAAAUAAUCUUUUUAUUUUUCGUGUUAUUAUCUCGAGCAUAACGUAUAUGUUCAUAGUUAAAUGAUGCUUCAUUCUGAAACUCAGGUAUUCAAAGCAGCUGGGUUGGCCAUUGCAGACGUGAGUAUUGUUCAGGAUAAGCAGUUUCAGCUCAUCAGGUAUCACAGUCAUCUUGCUGAUCACAUAAAAGGCGCUAAUUCUAUCCUUGCAUGUAAACUGUCAUAAAAGUAUGGCAUGAUCUUUGCUAUCAUUAUGAUAUACAAUCCGCAGUCAGAUGGCUUUCAAAGAUACCAACUCCAACUCCGAAUCCUAUGCUCCGGCAGUCAAGAACUUCCUGCCAUUCCGAUGCAAGAUACACGAUUAAAUCGCCCAAAACAUGAACAAUCAUAUGUUGUUGUUCAUGGAUUCCUAGUUAGGCAAAUCCGUUUCCAUAUGUUGGCACAAAAUCUCUUAUGACAUGACAUUCUCAAUUCUACCGUUUACAUUUUAUAUUUAAUUUUUUUAUGACUUUAUUGGGAUCAUGACCUAUCCCAACCAUAAAUAUGUGACGAACUCCACUCAUGGGUUCUAGUGUCAACUUUCUCGUUGGAAGAGGCGAUUGCGUCUUUGUUAGUUCUUCCUAUGAUGAUCUUAAGCAAUGCAUAUGCUGAAAUUGAGCUGCAUAACUCAGCAGAAUCUGAUGAUGAAGAACAAGAGACUAGAAAGCAAUUCUCUGCGUCAACAAAUCAAGGCUCCUGUUGGAUUUUACAUCAUGUGAACGUAACGGGAAUGGAAUCUACAAGGAACGUUUUAUCCUAACCCGGUUCAUGCAUGUAAUGAAAUUCUGGAAAGUGGAUGAUCUGCCAGAGAUAUUUGAGGUAGACCAUAAAUGGAAGGUUUCAUAGGUCAACAUCUUUCAAAGUUAGGCCAACAGUCCUCAUACAGUGGCAUGAUUUAGUCUGUAGUGGAGGUGGAUCUGGGAGAAACAUGUAAUUAGGGGUUAGUUUCUGUUGGUCUGUUUUUUAGUUGGGCAGUUUCCUUGACCUAGGCAAUUUCCUUUUUAUGUGGGCAGGGUAAUUGAAUGUAACUAGCAAUUGCUCUAUGCUUUGAGAAGAAGAAGCAGAAGAAGAAGUGACUGUUUAUACUUGAAUUAUUUGUUACUAUAAAAUUGUCAGGUUCCAUUUGUUGAUCCCAAACUUGCAAGAACUGCAGUAAAUCCAUACUUGGAGAUGCCUGCCGAUCAGAGACCCGUCAUUGCUUCUUUUAGGGUUUAAUUGGGCUAAAAGAGGGUAACACUUUCACACAUCCUCCAUGGAAAGGACAUGAAUUUUCUGCUCCCCAUCUCUUCAUUCUCCUCUUUGACAAACUCCAAUCCAUUCUGUAAAACUGCAGUGUUACACACAGACUUCUUCCUUCAUGUCUCUGUGCAGUGUUACAGCGGACAAGUGGGUUCCCAUCGUAGAGGUCCCAGUGGGCAGCAUGAAGGCCUUCCUGAACAAGAAGAAGCACGAGGGGUUCUCCAUCUUGGGCCUGGAGCAGACCACCAACAGCACCCCCAUCGACCAGUUCUCCUUCCCCAAGAAAACGGUUCGUCUCAAGAAUGGGGAUGAGGAUCAUUAUUUUCUUCUUGGCCUAUCAUAUCAUAUAUUUUUUUCUUGCCAUUUCUUCCUUUUUUAUUUCAUAUGCAUAUAACAAACUAUAUACAUCUGAAAUGAUGCAUAAGAUUUAAAAAAAGAAUAUGAUAAUUUUAUCGUUGAUCUAGGGGAAGAAGGGGAAGUGGGCCUUUUUUUUUUUUCUUCCUUUUUUUCUCUGUUUUACUGGCUCAAAAAACAUACACCAAGAAUCAUAUCAACGUUGCCCUUGCAGGUUCUGGUUCUGGGUCAUGAGAAGGAGGGAAUCCCUGUGGAUGUAAUCCACUGCCUUGACGCCUGCCUGGAGAUUCCCCAGCUGGGGGUCGUCCGCUCUCUGAAUGUCCACGUCAGCGGCGCCAUAGCUCUCUGGGAGUACACACGGCAACACAGAUCAAAGAGGAGCUGA